AAACGGCAAGCACGCGGCUUUGGAGACGGGCAACCACCACUAGGGUUUGUCUAUGUUUACGCACCCGAGUUUCAGUCUAAUUUUAACCGCCGGUUCGAUCGAAACGCGAAAUUACCUAGCGCGAGGUUGCAGUUUUCCACCGCGAGAGAUGUGUUGAAUUUUCCCGGAGUAAUUCGCUGAAAGCAGAGUACCCUCGAUAAGAUGACCCUCGAUGGAAACCCGACAAAAUGAAACCAGCUCCUAAUUGGUUCAUCGUUUCUCUGGCUGUUGUACUAUUGCACCAUUAUUGCCAUCACUUGACGACUGUCGAAUGCUACUACAGGACUCCACCGGUCUCGUUGUCUUUGCCAUCGUCUUCAGCGUCCGUAUCGUCUUCGUCUCCAUCGAUGGCCUACGGUGACAGCGAAAUUCUCAAGUUGACCCAGUGUCCCGCGGGGUCCGAUGCCCGAUUGAGGUGCGGUAUCAAGGAGUACCAUGCUGACCACAUGAACUCGUCCGACGUGCGGUGGUAUUUUAAGCCUUGUGGCGAGGGAACCAAUCGCACCUCUUGCACCAACCGGGACCAACUGGAUCACGUGCCGUGGCGCCCAAUUGACUGCGAAGGUCGAAGAUGCCGCGUUACACUUUUCAUCCGCAACACUACCGAAGCGGAUUCCGGCCUGUACCGCUGUAGUAUACACCCCUACCGGACGGAUGAUCGCACCCAGUUCGACAUCCAGCUGAUCAGAACUUUUCAGCUGGAUGUUAUAAAGUCCCUCCUGGACGAAACCGUGGGCGCCCCAGAACUCCUGGACAACCUGCCAGCCAACACCACGGCUCUGCUCGAUUCCCAGAUCGUGCUGCAGUGUCGGGUCUACAGCAAGGUUCAACCGUCGAUCAAGUGGUUCCGGCGGAUCAACCUGAACAAUCCACCCCUGGAUGAGCACAACUUCAACCAGGACAAGUCCAUCCGGUAUCUGGAGAACUUCUACGAGCUGGUUCCGUCCUCCGGCGAGAAGCCCAUCUCCGACGAUGUCUACCUCAGCAAGCUGAUCCUGUACAACGUGUCGGAACGGGACAUCGGAAUCUACGUGUGCGUGGGGAUCAACUACGGGGGCGUCAAUACGGCCGAUGCCUACGUCAACGUGGUCCACCCGAACGGAUCCACCGUUGGCAGUGGGACCAGCGUGUCGGAUCUGAUGGUGCUGUUCCUGAUCCCACUAGCCCUCGCUUUGAUUCCGGUGAUCGUGUGGAUUUGCUUCGUCGUAUCGAGGAGGUGCAAUCAACAGGGGGUGGACGUGAAGCCGGUGGUAGCCGAAGCGGUACAGACCAAAAGUGGCAGGAAUGCUUAUCAAAUGCACCGUCAUUCCAGCGGGGAUGUGGUUUACGCCGCGCCGGAAACGCCUUUGAGAAUCGUUCACAGUGGCUAUGGAAGGGGUAAUCACAAGCGGAAUCUUAGUUACGAAGGGUCCCACCUGUAUGAGAAAAUCAACGUAGUUUAGGACGUGCUCAACGGAGAGAUUAAGUUAAGAACGUAAGUUUGUAAAUUUGGUGCCAAAGUGAUAUUGUAAAUAUUAGAUGUACAUUUGUGAAAUAAAUUGUUUAUUUAUUGGAAA